AUGACAGUAAAUCCAUUCGAGGCAAAGUUCCGAGAGGCAAAUAGGAAACUGACGACAGGUGCAUUGGAAGCGAACGGUCUCGUGCCAGCUACAAUGUCGCUUUCAAACUCCAACGAUAGUAAUAGUGAAACUUCAGCCUUUUCAUUGCUGAAGUUACCAUCAUCGUUGUCAGAUUCGCCUGGUAUAUUCUCGAACAUCAGUAUUUUGCAAACAGAUGCUGAUGGUGUUGUGAAUGAGAAUUUGAAAACUGCCGACAUCUCGAAGCUGCUUGCUCAGAUGAAAGACAGUAGUUCUUCCCUUUCUGAUGGAUCGAACACACAACAAGCGCCAAGAACUGCCGAUGUGUUGAAUGCAGUCCUCGAUAUGCAUUCGGAUCGUUUGCAUACUAUCAAUUACAUAAACAAGUAA